UAUCGUUUUCCUGUCAGUUGGUGAGCUCAUUUCCCCCCAACAGUUCAGCUCCCCAAAAGCCUCUCCCCUCAGGUGCCCUAAGCCUUCGCCGGCCCCGGAGCUCCUCCGCCGAUCGCCUCCGCCGCCCCUCCGCCGCCCGCCUCCGCCGCCGCAGUCCGGCUCCGCCGAGAGCGGCAGAGAGAAGGGAGGCGAAAUGAGCGACCUUUGCCAGUUCCCUGGCCUCGAGCCUCCUCUCUCGGCUCCGGUUCCGGCUCCGGCUCCGGCUCCGGCUCCGGCGUCUAGUCUGGCUGACGCUCUGCCUCCGGCGCCGUCGGUUUCUUCACCUGUGCCUGUCAGAAUUGACGACCUUACUCAAUUUCGUCAACCGGAACUUCCUCAUGUGAAGCCUGAGCAGGCUCCAGCUCCGGCUCCCCCUUCAUCUCGGGCUCCUGUGAAAGCUCAGACAUUUGACCCUUCUUUGUCUGUGCCUAUCGGAAGAAAAAAGCUUAGUCAACUUCAUCAGCCGGAACUUCCUGUUGCUGAGCCUGCUCAGGUUCCUGCUCCACCAUCAUCUGGGGCUCCCACGCAAGCUCAGGCGUUUGACCCUUAUCUGCCUGUGCCUGUCAGAACGGACAAUGGUGGUCAAUUUCGUCAGCCGGAACUUCCUCUUGCUGAGCCUGCUCGGGCUCCGGCAUCACCUUCAUCUCAGGCUCCCAUGCAAGCUCAGGCGUUUGAACCUUCUUUGUCUGUGCCUGUCAGAACGGACAAUGGUGGUCAAUUUCGUCAGCCGGAACUUCCUCUUGCUGAGCCUGCUCGGGCUCCGGCAUCACCUUCAUCUCAGGCUCCCAUGCAAGCUCAGGCGUUUGAACCUUCUUUGUCUGUGCCUAUCGAAAGAAACAAUCUUAGUCAACUUCAUCAGCCGGAACUUCCUGUUGCUGAGCCUGCUCAGGUUCCUGCUCCACCAUCAUCUGGGGCUCCCAUGCAAGCUCAGGCAUUUGACCCUUAUCUGCCUGUGCCUGUCAGAACGGACAAUCUUAGUCAAUUUCGUCAAACAGAACUUCUUCCUCUUGCAAUCCCAACUCAGGCUCUGGCUCUACCUUCAUCUCUGGCUCCGGCUUCAUCUCAGGCUCCUGUGCAAGCUCAAGUGUUCAACCCUUCUUUGCUUGUACCAGCCAGAAUGGAUGAUCUCAGUGACUUCUCUCAACCAGAACCUCCUACAGUUGUCCCUGCUCAGGCUCUAGCUCCACCUUCAACUCAAGCUUCAGAGCGAGCUCAGGUUUCCUGCCCUCCUUCGUGUGCUCCAGAGCAUGUGAGGUACAAAAAUCGGUUGCAGGAGUAUACGCAGAAGAUAAUGGUGCAUUUUCCUAUUUAUAAUACAAUAAAUGAAGGAUCUCAACAUGCACCGAGAUAUAGGUCAACGGUAUUCGUAGAUGGGAAAAGCUUUACAUCUCCCAACACAUUUCCCCAAAAAAAGGAAGCUGAGCAAAAUGUUGCUCAAAUUGCAUUGGAACUUUUGUCGCAAAAGAUGGAGGAUGAAGCCUGUCCUCUCAUCCAUGAGGAUACAAUUUUUUGCAAGUCUAUUCUUAAUGAAUAUGCGGCCAAGAUGAACUUGGAAAUGCCAAAUUACAGAACCAUUCAGCCACAAGGGGCAGUUCCAGUUUUUGCAUCUUCUUUGGUAUUCAAUGGUGUGACUUACACUGGUGAUGUUGGUAAAAGCAAAAAGGAGGCUGAACAAUUGGCAGCCCGUGCUGCCAUUCAAUCCCUAUAUGAUGAUAGCAAGUCGAAAAUAGUUCUUUUGAAGACGAUCAAGUCUAAGUGGAAACUUUAUGCUGCAUACCGUGAGACUAAGUAUUCAUGUCCUGUUGGAGUGAACGUGGGAGGCAAUUCUGAAAUCUCAGAUACCAAGAAUAGAGAAGGUUCAUCUUCUGGGCCACCUAAUUAUAUUCUUGGUUCAGCUAUUCCUGAGGCAUGCUCAGAGUUACCUAAACCGCAUCAUUUGUUCCAAAUACCAAGAGCAGUGGCUGUAGCAUCCUCUGCAGUGGAGAAUCCGUUAAUCUCCUUUGUUCCUUCAAGUACAGAACAACAGCCUAUUGCUGCUACGAAUCCGGGUAAAAAGCGACGCAAGAACUAGAAAAAGGCCAACAAGAAACUGCGUGUUGACCCUCAGUGCCCCAAUGCUGUGAUGCCUUUUAACCAAGCCCCACCUUGUUCUGUUGCACAGUAGAUGGAACGAAAUGUAUGGGCUUUCUAGUUAGACAUCAGCAUUCAAGGCUUGCCACCAGGGCUCUCUUUUGAGCGGUAUACAAGCUUCUUUGUGUUGUAGCCUUGACAACUAGGAUUUGUAAUGUCAGAUUGGAUGUGAGGUCCAUGUAUAUUAUGGUCAGUAGUAAAUGCGGCUCCUCCAACGCCUGUUCAGUGAAAAGGAUUUGUGCCUUUUGAAUUUGUAGUCCCAUGGCUAAUUAUGUAAUUCUUUUGUAUUGUUGUGGGAUUAUGAUAUUACAAAGGCGUAUAUCCCAAAGCUGGCACUUUGUUGUGGCUGGAUUCUAACUUAGGAAGGAGAAAUGACCUGUUCAUGUUUCCAA